UAAAGCUUUAUGUGAUUUUAGGCCCUGUUAUUUAAAAAGCAAAUUGAGAAGUAAUUUAUCUCUUUAGUUCUUAUCUAUUUCAUUGGUUCUUAUCAUGUCAAGCAUGACAUAUACUGUCACACCCCUCUCCCCUUUUCCGGGGUAUACUCAUGUGGUUCUUUUGUUGGCUGCUUUUAUAGUUCAUGUUUGUUCAAAUUAUUCUAGAAGAGAAUAGAGGUGUUUUUUUUUGCUUCUGUCAGCUCAGAAGAAAAGCUUUGCCAAUUAGCUUCUAUUAGUUCAGAAGAGAAGCAUUGGCAAUUAGAUCAGCAGGUUGCAACUCUAAUUGAAGUAUUCAUACCAAGGCACCAUAUGCAUCUACAUAUUUUCUUUACUUUAUCUGAUAAGUUUUAUUUCUUCAAUCAAUUGAAAUCAUCAUAGGAGUUUCAUGCAAAACUUACAAAGAUAUAAUGCUCACAUAACGGUGUUUUGAUAUUUUAUAGGAGUUUCACAGGUUUUUUUUGUUGCUGCGCACUAUCGCUAAUUCGCUAUCAGCUAUCAAUUAUCAAUAUUUCUUUCCUGAAUUUGCAGUUCUCUCGAUCAUCUCCACCAGCUCGAUUGCCUGAUAUUCUGCGGGGGAAAACCAAAACCCAGGUUAGUAUUUUGGAUUUUCCGUCAUGAUUGCGUUCCAGAUUUAUAUCAAUCUCGACAAACAAGUAUCGGCCAUAUUUCUCUUGUUCGCUGCUAAAAUCUCCAACCGCUCCUAUCAACACGCCUUCAAGGACUGCCUGUGCUCUAGCUGGCGUCGAUUUGCAUUCACCUGAUGCUGUUCCCUGUGUUAAUUUCAGUGGUGUCUGCCGAACAGAUACGCUUGUGCUAUGGCCGGAUUAGGCCCUGUAAGGAGAGUUCAAACGUAGGUGCAGAACCAGUUCAGGUUCUAUAAAUGCAUCUCAUUACAUUCAUGUUUUCUUCAUGUCUUUUAAUUUAUUUAUCCAGUCUCUUAUCAUGGUGCAUUAUAUAACGAUAUCUGUAAUACUUUUAUAACAUUUACAUAUUUAAUAUUCAAAAUUUAUUUUAAGAGCAAUUCUGUGUCAAAACUUUGAAGUUAAGCUUAGGGAAGAGCGUUAUCAUCUUCAUAUGAAUAAUAGACUUAUGAUUUGACGAGAUUAUGGAAUUUUUGCAGAGCAUUAUCAUCUAUUCCCUCACCAGAUACCAGACCCCUCACAGUUUCCCAUCUCAAUAUCUUACUCCACCUUUUGAGCAAUUCCAAAAUAAUGCGCCCUGGAAAACAAGCCCAUCAACACAUCAUUGUACACGGGCUUUCUGGAAAUUCAUUCAUCGCCACCAAAUUAAUACAGAUGUAUGCUGACUGUGACGAUAUAAGUUCUGCACUCCACCUAUUUGAUCAAUUGCCCGAACCGAAUGUUUUUGCAUGGACAUCAAUGAUUUCCUUCUUUUCUCGCAACACAUUGUCUUACGAAUGUGUUAUUACUUAUGCCAAGAUGAAACGGAGUGGUGUUUUGCCUGAUAAGUUCAUCUUCCCGAGAGUACUGAGAGCUUGUUCGUUGUGUUCUUGCUUGGAAAUCGGGACUCAGGUUCACAAGGACAUAAUCGUUAAUGGUUCUGGACGCGACAUGCAUGUUGGAAAUUCUUUGAUUGAUAUGUACUCAAAAUGUGGGGACCUUCACAAAGGUAGGUUGGUUUUUGACCUGAUGGUAGAGAAAGAUUUAUGCUCUUGGAAUGCAAUCAUUUCGGGAUAUGUUUGCAAUGAUUUUCUUGCUAAGGCAGUGGAAUUGUGGGGUUUAAUGAGAAUUGAGGGUUUUGAGCCCGACAUAUUCACAUUCAACACUGUGAUGGAUGCUCAUUGCCGAAUGGGCCACUGUAAUGAAGCUCGUGAAAUAUUUAAACAGAUCAAGAACCCAACUGUUGUUUCGUGGACAACGCUGAUAUCAGGCUAUUCAAGAAUAGGAAAACAUGACACCUCGCUUGAGAUAUUCAAGAACAUGAUGAGUGGGAAAGAUAUAUAUUAUGCUGACUUAGAUUGUCUUUCCAGUGUCCUUUCCUCAUGCCAACGUUUGAAAGCUUUGAGAAUAGGGCGGGAAAUUCAUGCGUACGGGAUCAAGGGCGAACGGCUGUGUGAUUUUUAUCGAUCGGCGGGACCUGCGCUCGUGCUGAUGUACUCAAAGUGUGGGAAAACUGAAUGUGCAAUGCAUGUGUUUGACUUAGUGGAUAACAAAUUGGAUGAUACGGUUGCAUGGAACGCGAUGAUUCUAGGGUUUGCUGAACAAGGGGAACCACAUUUGGCUGUGCAGAGUUUUAGAAAAAUGCAAAAAAUGAGAAUCAGGAAUGACCAAACAACAAUCACAGCUAUUUUGCGGGUCUGUGACUUAGCAUAUGGAAAACAGAUACACACAUACGUCUGUAGAAGAAGUUCCCAUAAUAUCAUUCCUGUUUGGAAUGCAUUAAUGCACAUGUAUGCGAAAUGUGGAUGCAUCAAAGCUGCACAUAAAUUGUUUUCCAAUAUGAGUAAUAAAGACUUGGUUUCAUGGAACACCAUGAUCAGAGGGUUUGGAAUGCAUGGUUUCGGUGAAUCCUCUUUACAACUUCUGGAAGAGAUGAAACUUUCUGGAAUUCUUCCAAACUCUUUGACUAUCACUUCUGCACUGUCAGCUUGCAGUCAUUCGGGUCUUAUUGACCAAGGGGUAAAUAUUUUCAAGAAAAUGACACAAGAAGGCUAUUAUUGUGCACUUAGGAUGGAACACUUCACUUGUGUGAUUGAUUUACUUACUCGAGCCGGUCGGGUUGAAGAAGCUGUUGAGCUCAUUGUGAGAAUGCGUGUGGGACCCGGGAAGCAGAUUUGGGGUUCUCUUCUGUCUGCUGCUGUGGCACAACAAAAUAUUGAUAUAGCAGUGUUGGCUUCAAAGAAAAUGUUGGGGUUGGAGCCUCAAAAUGCAGGGCAUUAUGUGACUCUUUCAAAUUUGUAUGCAAGAGGUGGAAGACCAGAAGAAGCUCUUGGGUUGAGAAAACGGAUGGAGAGCUUGGGAUUGGUGAAGCAAUUUGGCCGGAGUUGGGUUGAAGCUUGAAACUGAUGGUUUAUUUACUGGGAUCCUGAAACCGUUGGGUCCGUUUGGAAACUGAUGGUUUGGAAUUUGGAAAUAGUAAGGUAAGCAAAAAAUAUUAUGAAGAGAUAGUAGUUUAUUACGUAUUGUGAAAAUUAAAAAGCUCAAUAAUUAGUUAUUUUAAAAUAUGACAUGGUGCAAUUAAGUCAAGGAAAAUUUUAUGGCAUUCAUUCUGCGGAAGGUUUCGGUACCUCUACACGUGGCUUAAUUAUAUUGGCAAUUUAAAGAUUCUAUUUUUGAAAAUUUGCCAAGUCAUCUCGUCCCUUCGCCAAAUUGCUCAGAAGCCCCCUCCAAUUUCGCAUACUCCCCUCAUUUCAUCAUUUGCAAGGUAUCGACAUGACAUCAACCUCCAGGACAAGCUAAUCCCAGUUUGAAAGGGAGGGAUAAUGGAAUGCGAUUCAGUCUAUUGAUAAUUUGAUAUCUUUUCAGAUGCCAUAUAUUCAGUCUAUUGAAUGAGGAAGACGAUUAUUCCCUUCUUUCAUCAUAAGUGGACGACCCUCUUCUCGUGUUACCGAAUUUUUCUCUCUUCCUAGAGGCAAUCGAUCUACUUCAGGAAUCAUCAUCAGAAAUUCCUGCGCAAGAAUCCAUAAGAUUUACACAUUUCGUCUUCUUCCAUGGACCGAUGCACCCCAAUUCUUCCAUGAUAUCAUCCCUCAAAUGUGCAGUGCCUCGAAAAGAUCCCCACCUGACCUGUAGUCCUGCUAACGUAAAGCAAUGAAGUGAGCCCGGAUAGCGGUAAUGUUCAUGCUGUUUAUUUGUAAGUUUUUCUGUUUCUGUUUCAACCUCUUUGAAGUUUGACCAUCUCUGAUCAAUUAACUUUAUAAAUUACUAUUUUUUAUCUGAUUCAUGGCUUUAAUUUGUUAGCCGAAAUUAUAUAAAGACUGUGAGUUGGUUUAUUGGCCAUUUAGUGGAAUUAGAUGUUAAUCUUUGAGUUGUUAGACAAGAUAAUCACAAGAAACUGAAUGGUUAAAUUGGUCAGCUGUGAAUAAGAAGUUGAACAUGAGAAACUAGACUAGCCUGGACACCACACAACUUUAUCGAGUACUCACCUUCUAAAAAAGCAAGGUUAAAUUUUCUAGAUAUAGAUAUUAAUACUUCAGUGCCAUUAUAUAUGGUGGUGAAAAAAUAACUAAAGUUGAACAGUAAUAAUGAUAAAAAAAAGUUGAACAGUAAUAGCAAAAUGAACUGUAAGAGGUCUAAAGUGUGCACCAUCCUUUGUUGAAUGCAGUCUAGUGGGUGUUUUAGAAGAAACAUGGAUUUCAUGUAGAGGUCUAAGUGAUGCAUAUCUUUCUCAGAAAUGCCUGCAGUAAUUCAUUUUCUGCUAUGUAUUUAUAACUAUAAAGACCAUGGUUGUAAAUUAAUUUUGAUUUACUGAAACUGAUUUAAGUGCACUACCAUUAUGGAGAAAACAUAUAAAGAUUGGCUAAACAUUAUUUAGACACUUUAUAAUAGUGGGCAAGUUCACUGGCAGCUAAAAUACUAGAAACAUAAGUAUUAUCUUUUCCCAGACCAACCAAGCCAUCAGGAGCAUCACAAUCCAGAAAUGUACAAGUUCUAAUUCCACAUCUGAAAGGAAUAUAAAAGGGAUAAUUGCAAUGAAACAGUAAAGUACAAAAAUAAUCCUACUUACAGUGUUUUUAUUUAUCUGGUUUAAAAAUAAUCCCUCCGUCCCGAAAACAAGUUCCCACUUUCCUUAUUUGGAUGUCCCAAAAUAAACUUCCCACUUCCUUAUUUGCCAAAUUAUCUACAUCAAAACAGUGCAAAACAGUGUCAAACAGUGCAAAACAGUGCAAAACAGUGUCAAAACAGUAAAAUUUACCCCUCGGUGAAUUUAUUUCCUAAAAAUGUGUGAAAGUCAACCCGGGAACUUGUUUGUGGGACGGAGGGAGUAUAAUAUUAUGUGAUGUUUUAUUGGCGAGUACUCUCAUCCAUAGACCUUGGCGUGUUGUCUAGCUAGUAGCUACUUAUAGGAUUUUCCUAAAAUUUAUAUGGAAUUUAUUUGGUGCCUUUUAAAUUUGAAAUGAUUUCAGUGCCUUUCACGGGUGGCACAACAUUCCCAAUGAAACUUAUUCUAAAUCAACCAUCUCUUCGUAUAGAUUUAUAAAAAUUGCUUAUAAGCCCUUUUGUUUUAGUAUAUGUAAAACUCUAGGAAAUAGACAUUCACUUGCAAGCUUCCAACUAAACAAAGCGAGUCCAUCCACAAGACUUGCUCGUAAGGAGCCUCAGCAAGAAGCAAGAAAAUGGAGCCAUCAAACUCAAUACCAAAGGUUCAUUUGAGAAACCAGUGAAAUUCAUACCUAGCCGCAAGAAAAGUCCUGCCCCAACCUGUAGGUCUGCUAACAUAAAGACAUGAGUUGAGCCUGAAUGUUGGUACUCUUCUUAUUCAUUUAAAGUUUUUCUCUUUUGCUUCAAUGAACUCUUUCAACUUCGGUAAACUGUUAUUAGUAAACUAACAAAACUAUGUUUUCAUUAUAUUUGCGUCUUUAAUUUUUCAUCCCUAAUUUAAGUUUGAAAGCCCUGUUGAUUGUAGUGUAAUAUUACCACAUAAUGCCUUGAUUUGUUCUCCAAUUUUGUGUUUGACAUAAACAUUUGGAUGUUAAUAUUACACUUUAAAAAUCUUUUUUUUUAACAUUUAAAGUAUCUUUUCUUUUGUUUACACGCUAAUACGGAGUAAUACAAGAUUUGCCCGGUUUUCCAAAGGCUGCAAAUUUCUGUUCAGUCUAGUCUCUUUGUGUUUUAUUCUCUUUCUUGCAUUCCUGGGUACCAAAUAAUAAAUCUGAGAUGGGCAGGUCUGGCUCGGCUGUUUCUGCGACUCUGUCUGGGUCUGUCACUUCUUUUGAGGUUCUUACCUAUUAGUUUAAAUCAGAAUGGUGAUUCAAACUAUGCCCGCCUGAUUGUUUUUUCUUUUUAUGUUGGUCCCUUGUUUAGAUGUAUUGAGCCAAAAUAUCUUACUGCAGGAUGAAAGGAGAAUUCUUUGUAAUGUUUUUAUCCUUGUUGUCAAUUGGGUUUGAGGCUUAGUUCUUCGCCACCAUUUAUUGGAAUAAUUUGAUUGAACAUGUGACCAGUUGGGGGAGUUGAAAAGGUAACGUUGUCUACAAUGUUGAACUCUUAAAUCCCAUGAACUUUUUUAUUCUGUAUUUUUAAAUAAAUGUAGUUAAUGUUGUUUAUUUUAAUAAUGGUGCAGGUGACAUCUGUGGAAAAAACAAGUAAAUGGAAAACAAAGAUAUAUUUGGCAUGUGGAUGUCAAUAAACAAAAAAUAUUCUUUCUUUACGAAAAAAAUUCGAUUGUUUCGGAAAUAAAAACAUAUUGGAAUUCCAAAUUCCAUUUACUCCUAUUUUGGGAAAUCUCCCUUUUAUUAUUGUUGCCAUAUUGUUGCUUUGGAAAACUAUCAAAUAGGUCCUCGUACUAUAACACAAAAGUCAAUUAAGGGCCUGUUUGGUGACAGCUGCAUUGGCUGGAAUGGAUGAAAAGCCUGAAAAGAUUAAAGUGAAAGUGUUUGGUAAUAUAUUGGCUGGAAUGGCUGAUUGUGUGUAAAAUUACUAUAAAAGGUAUUAGCUUAUUUGUGUUAAAUAUAUGGGUGUGAAUUUUACACUCAGAAUUUAUAACCAAUACAGA